GUCGGAGUUCCGCGCCUCUUUGCAAAAGCAGGAAGGUCAGGAAGUACGUCACUUCGAUUUUGUGAUUGCUUGAUUAAUAGACAAUACAUCUCAUUACAUUGCUACCAACACAAGCCUGGUUUUCGUGGGUUUACUAUUCUUUAUUAUACUUUUUCAUAAUGUUUUUAAUCAUCCUCUUUUUUUGUUGUGGUAAUUGUAAUACCCGUGAUGUUUGAAUUUGAACUGAAUGCGCGCUUUCACGUAACGUCAACGUCCCCCUGGCUAACGAGAGCUAUCGAUCCACACACAGGAGUGCUGCAUCUGGCGUGAAAGCUUCAUCGUAUAAAGGUAACCGUACCAGGAAAGCAAAGUAGCUAGUACCACCAACGUUUGCCUUAGAGAUGGAAACUCGUUUGACCAAAAGGGUGUGUGAGGCGAUGAAGGCCGAGGAAGCUCAGGAAGAAGUUGUGGACGAGACAAACAAGGACAACCAGACAGAUGUGGAAGAGGUCCCCGUUCGACUGAAGAAAAAGAAGCUAGUCAAAUAUUCCCCAAAGAAACUGAUGUCUCCAACAGGGGCAUUGGAGUUGGCCAAGCUGAAAGAACAAGCCAAGGUGGAUCAACACAAGAUUAAACACCUUGAGGACCGCAUUAAAUACCUGGAAGAGGCCAACAGGGAUCUAAAAAAUGACAAGGACUUCCUCCUUUCUCAAAUUAAGGGAGCCUCCAACAUGCCUGGAUCUACUGGGAAAGGUUCCAGCAAGGCUGCUCUGGAACUUACUUCAACUUCGACAUCUCCGUGCCCAUCCUCAGAAUCCAGUUUCUCAUCAUCCUCAGAGGAAGAGGAGCAGAAGAAGAAGAAAAAGAAGAAGGCCAAGAAGUCCAAGAAACACCUUGCUUCUCACAGCCGUUCAAGGAUGACCACAACGGAUGGAGUUAUCCGCCGCUACAAGAAUGCCCUGCACAUUUUCAACAAGUAUGGAUCCAUGAAAAGGGCCUUUGCCAAAAUCAACGUUGACCGCAACACAAUUGCAAGAACAGCAGCAAUUGCUGAACUAGCAAUCACAUUUCCAGACACAUUCAAGGAGCUGCUUCCACAAGAUGAAGCAAAUGAGAAGAUGUCUGUGUUUGCAGAGCGGUGCAGGGAGGCCAUAACAGAGGAGAUGGCUGGAAUAAUCACAGCAAAGAAAAAAAUUGGAAAACUCCUCCCAAUCAUGUAUAAAUACACUUAAUAAUGUCAUGAUCAUAUUCAUUCUGAAUAUUGUUGCCGAUGUUAAGUUAUUUUGUUCCUACACACAGACCAUAUGUUGUACCGACCUGCUUGAGGAGAAGUAAUGCAACAGAUUAUUCUGUUUAAAUUUUUGUGUUCAAAUGCAUUAGGAAUAAAACUAUCACAGCUAAGAGAAAAAGCAGAAAACUCCUCCCAGUAAUGUAAACUUAAAUUUCAAAAUGUUGAUCAAUGUUAAUAUUCAGUUUUUCCAUAUUGACUGUUACAACACUGCUUGAGAAGUGAAGCAGCAGCUACUUUGUC